GACAGAAAAAAAAUGCAAGUUGUUUUACAUAGGAGCAUUUUCGAGAACACCUUAAGUUCUGUUUUCCGGUAGAAGUGGUGCUAAAAGAGUUCUAGUGUCAACCAGAAACCUUAAUUUGUUUGUUUUAAUCUAGGAUAACGGUGCACAGUUGCUGGAUUUAGUUUCCAGUAUGCAGGUAACUCACCAACUUGAACUCUUUCCUGGGUGUACUGUGAUUUUGCUGCUGUUCAAAGAUGUUAAAAAUGCUGGAGAUCUACGCAAGAAAGCAAUAGAAGGAUGCAUCGAAGGAGCUUUACUUAACCCAUCAAUGGUUGUAGACCCAUUUCAGAUCCUUGUGGCAACCAAUAAAGCAGUUUAUCAAUAUAAACUUGGAAAAAUGAAAACCAGGGCACUCUCUUCUGAAAUUAUAUUUAGCCUUUCGCCAACUAACAAUAUUUCAGAGGCAUUUAAAAAAUUUGGUAUUUCUGAUCAUGACACUGCAGUUCUUUUUGUUCUGGUUGGAGAUGAAAAGAACAUUUGUGAUCCUGAUAAAAUUAUUUCUCAAGUUGAAGGUCAACAGGUUCCACUUGAAGAGCUAACCAAAAUGACAGAUAUGAAUAAAGUGAAAAAGAUGUACAAAAUAACACCACAAGAAGAAAAAAUUGGUACACUAUUAGAUGGUAUCAUAUGUAGGAUGUCUACAAAAGAUGUUGUUUGAAAAUGAUUUUUCCCUGCAAUAAUCCAAAUUAAUUUAUUCUUAAGGAAUGGGGUUAUAUUUUUAUUAUGUUUGUUACGUUUAGCAAGACUUCUCUUGAAAUGUGAACUUGGCAUCAUCUAAGAAAAUGUGCUUCACUGAGGCAGAAUACCUUACUCAUUUUUGUCAGUUGUCAUUACUCACUGUAUAAUGUCUUAUUACAUUUAAAAAAAUUGUU